AUGAUUGCAACGAAAACUACAAGGUUCAUCCGGCCACAAUUUAUCUCAAGGAGCAUUGCUCUGUCACAGCCCUUGCGCCAUGAAAACCCUCUUGGCCUUCCCAAAGAUAAGAAUGCUCCUCAGAUGCCCCGGAUGUCUAAGGGACUUCCGGUAAAGCAGAGAAUCCCGAACGUGAAGAGAACCAUUUUAGUAGCCUCAGGAAAAGGAGGCGUUGGAAAGUCCACGGUGGCUGUGAAUACCGCUUUGGGCCUCCAGAAGUUGGGCAAAAGCACAGGAAUACUUGAUGUGGAUAUCUUCGGACCAUCGAUCCCCAAGUUGCUCAAGCUAGAUGGCGAGCCUAGACUAUCUGAACUGGGCAAAUUGCUUCCAAUGACUAACUACGGCCUACCGUCCAUGUCAAUGGGCUUCUUAGUGCCUCCUGAGAAUGCAGUGGUAUGGAGGGGCCUUAUGGUGAUGAAAGCACUACAACAAUUGAUGUUCGAGGUAGAGUGGCCAGUGCUUGAUUACUUGGUCAUUGACAUGCCUCCCGGAACUGGUGACACACAAUUGAGUGUUACACAGCAGUUGAAAGUUGACGGUGCAGUCAUUGUAUCGACUCCUCAGGACAUAGCACUUAUAGACGCUGUGAAGGGUAUGGCGAUGUUCAACAAGGUCAAUACGCCCGUGCUUGGAUUGGUGCAAAAUAUGAGUUUCUUCUUGUGCCCCAAUUGCAAACAUGAAUCCCAUGUCUUUGGCACUGAUGGUGCAGCCAGAGAAGCUGAAAAGAAUGGUCUAGAUGUUUUAGCCGACAUCCCACUCAACGAGAUUAUUUGCACACAGUCGGACUCUGGUAAGCCAGUCGUUGUGCUGCACCCAAAUGAUGCUAUCCUGGAGCCGUACGUGGAUGUGGCUCGGAAGGUGAUACACAAGUUGGAGAGUGAGCAUCUAUAA